AUGAACCCUCAGAUGCUUCUCAUGGCUCUUCUUCUUUUCUUCAUUUUAUUUGCAGUUCCAAGCUGUGCUAUUGUGACCAACAACCUUGACCAAGCGUUAGUGCCCCAAGAACCAGAUACUGGAAUAAAGUGUGAAUCAUGCCCUUGUGUUAACCCAUGUGCCCUUCUGCCUCCUCCUCCUCCUCCACCACCAAAGUCCUCAUACUGUCCUCCUCUGCCUCCUCCACCGCCAAGGUUCAUUUAUGUGACCGGUGUGCCUGGGAAUUUUUAUGUAACUGAUUCUUAUGAUAAUUGGAAUUUUUACAGCGCUGCUACACAGAAUGCUGUUGCAAAGUUGCUGCUUUUGGCUGGGUUUGGAGCUCUACUCUUUGUCAUAAUCUGA